UCGGUUUACCGUCAAAGUCGCACAAAUCCACACACUAAUUCAGAAAGAUUUCACCUCACGAGAGCUUACCACUGUCCCUUCUUCUUUACACCUACCCUCCAUGUCUAUUAGUGUGAUCGAGGACUGGGUGGGAUGAGCCGAGCGUAAUCAUUUUAGCAAUUUCGGGUUUAUUCAGUAUAUGCAGAUUGGUGCACAAUAACCACACCGAAUUUAAGAAUGGAAGUUGACUCUUUGAAAAAGUCAUUAUGGCUGUUUGGUCCAUAUGUGUAAGCUUGAAGGCAGGACAGCAACAUUAAACUGCGGGAUUCUUAAUGAAGUUUGGUCUUGUGCGCUACACCUUAAUAACACUGCACAUUCAGACCAGAGCUACCUUACAAAAAAUUAAACAGCGAUAGCUACUAGUCUUCAACUUUGAGAGACUCUUCGGUGUCAAUAUAAUACAGCCUGCAGGCAGACUGUAAGAGUCGACGAGCACUUGCGAGAAAAGUACGUUUUUAUAUUCGCGGAAUCGCUGACAAGAAAUGAGUGCAGAAGAAACGAUGCUUCCGACGAAAUACAAAGUAACGCCGUAGAUCCGAUCGUUUUCUUGCGAAGGCACUUGCAGGGUUUACACACAGGCUCCACCUUUUCAAGUGGUUCAGUGACCUCACCAGUGGGCUGGAUUGUAAGGGUGGGAUUUCUGGGCUUUCAGUGAGCGCGGUGUAUUUCUGCCUCUCUGUCUUAGGAUCUGUGCGGCUUCAACGACAGCAAAAGACGGACUGGUUGUACCUUUAAUAGCUACAGAAAGGCCUGUAAACUGUACACUGCAACCUUUUUCUACAUGCGACUCCAAUCGGAAUAAAUAAUUGAGGAAUGUGGAAAUUACAGAAUGCCCAACAGCGCUGGAAAGAGAUUUAAACCCACCAAAUACAUCCCAGUGUCCACUGCUGCCACACUCCUUGUGGGAUCGACCACUUUAUUUUUCGUUUUCACGUGUCCCUGGUUGACAAAGGUAAUCUCUCCUGCUGUGCCUCUCUACAAUGGCCUGGUCUUCCUCUUCGUCUUGGCCAACUUCAGCAUGGCAACCUUCAUGGAUCCUGGUGUUUACCCCAGAGCUGACGAGGAUGAGGACAAGGACGAUGAUUUCCGAGCGCCGCUCUACAAGAACGUGGAGAUCAAGGGAAUUCAGGUCCGGAUGAAGUGGUGCGCCACGUGUCACUUCUACAGGCCGCCUCGCUGUUCACACUGCAGCGUCUGUGACAACUGUGUGGAGGACUUUGACCAUCAUUGUCCCUGGGUGAACAACUGCAUCGGUCGGAGGAACUACCGCUACUUCUUCCUCUUCCUGCUGUCGUUGAGCAUCCACAUGGUGGGAGUUUUCUCCUUUGGCCUCAUCUUUGUCCUCCACCACCGAGAAAGACUGGGAGCACUGCACACCACUGUCACUCUGGUAGUAAUGUGUAUAGCUGGACUUUUCUUUAUUCCGGUCAUGGGACUCACAGGUUUCCAUAUGGUGCUUGUAGCUCGAGGUCGAACAACCAACGAGCAGGUGACGGGCAAGUUUCGUGGAGGAGUAAAUCCCUUCACUAAGGGUUGCUGUGGCAACGUAGAGUAUGUCUUAUGCAGUCCCCUGGCACCUAGGUACAUACUGGACCCCAGGAAAAAGCCCCAUGUUAAAAUUCAGCCACCAUUUAUUAGACCUGACCUGUCAGACAGGCAGAUCACCAUCAAGGUCAGCGACAAUGGCAUCCACAGCACCAUCAUUAGCUCCAAGUCCAAAAGCAGCCUAGAUGGCCUUGACGACAAAGAAACCCAGCCACCACUGCCGCCCAAAGCUGACAGGUACAACCAGUUGAAAAGCCAGCUGACCUCCAGCGAAGAGAGUUCUCUUUCUGGUAAGACCCACCCAUCUACUCCAGCAAUGUACAAAUUCAGACCGUCCUUUGGCACCAUGCCUAAAGUCCACUACCACACUGCUGGAGAGAAGAUUAUCAUACCAGAUGACCGGAAGACCUCGGCCAUCUUGGAGGAGGGUGUCCGUGCUCAUGACUAUCGAUCUGAGCCAAACCUGGACCUUCCAGAGUACACCAAUGCUCCCCUCCACCGCACCUUCCAGUCCUCUCCCCUCCAGCUAGAUUCUGACCCCAUCAACUCGCGCUCUCUCAGUCUGAAGCAGGGCCAUCGACGGCCGGAGAAGGGCCAGCUCCCAGCCCUGCAGCCACAGACAGUCACCUCCACCCCAUACAAGAGUGUCUUCUCGCCCAACACACUCUCCAACCGCAAUGGCAGUCUGUCUUAUGACAGCCUGCUCAAUCCCAGCAUCUCCCCAGCCACUGCCAAUGAAUGCAUGGGCCAUCGUGGUAUGCCUUCCAUGGGGUUCCACUCACCCUACCUGCCCACUAAAAUGUGCCACAUCCAGGAGCCUGAAAUGCACAGGCACCAGGUUGCCUGCACCUACAGUCCAGUGAUGCCACCCAGGGGGGUGGGAAGGCAAUCCCCUCACUCAAGGGACAGAGACCCAUCCCCGGUGCGCUAUGACAACCUCUCCCAGACCAUCAUGGCUUCUAUCCAGGAACGAAAGCAGAUGGAAGAGAGAGAGAAGCGGCAUUUGCUGCAUGGGCGCUCCCAGACCCAUAUCUAUGCCCAGGACUCUGGCGUGUUUGAUGGGGGCUAUGGCGUACCCCCCAAUGCUUGCUUCCCAGAUGGGUCUCGUGGCCCUGGUUCCAGAGGCCCAACACCUCCAGCCUGUGGAGGUUCUAGGGACAACCUGAUGGGGGUUGGGCUGGUGAACUACGGGCAACGAACCCCUGUGUUGCGCCAUGCUGGCUCUACACUUGGCCGUGCCCCUAGGACUUCAUCCACCUCCCUGCACACAGAUCACAGUAGUACCAACAGCAGCCACAGCAGGGCCAAUGCCCAUGAGGGCCCCUAUCGCUCCCCGGCACACCAGCCGCACUCCCCUGCUAUGCCCCGAUCCCCCUCUUACACCCACCAGAAACUCUCCUAUGUCAGUGCCCAUGAGAGGACAGACUCCCCUCAUCUAGGGGGCCCAAGAGAGGCCAUGAAAGUUAAUGGGCAGAUGGACUGCCACCCCAGUGCCCAGGGUGCCACCCUCAGCCCCGGGCGCCACAGUAAUGUCAAAAAAGUGACAGGUGUAGGAGGCACCACAUAUGAGAUAUCGGUGUGAGCAGGGACACUGCAUCCACCUCCGACGACAACAGCCACUCAGCUACAAAAAGAUUCUCUCCUCGCUGUUAUGUUUAUGAUGUUUAGAUAACGGCUAGUCAGGGGCACAAACAACAUGUCCAAUCAGAGGAUCUGUCUGCUCUUGUGUGGGUCUGUCUAGCCGAAUGCCCACGUGUGUUUGUACCAGAGGGGUUGGUUGUCUGUUAGUCCUGCGGCAGUCUUUAUGCGUGAAGAGCGUCUUUUUGUUAACAUUUAGUGGCUCAUCAUCUUGGUCGUAAGAGUGGACCGUCCAAGAAUUGUUCUCACUGCCGUCUCUCAGCUUUGGUCAUGAAUUGAUAUGCUGCACCAAAUGUUAUACAGCUGAACAAAAAUACUACAGAUGAAUUAAACCCCAACAUCCUCACCAUGAACCUCUGAGUCAAUUGUGCUCAAGAAGACAGGGUGCUUUACAUUAACUUGUACUGUUCAUGUCAUUUCCGGCAUAUUUGGUGAACUUGUACAGAUCUGAGUAGUGAUGGAGGGCAGAUCAGUUCGACCAGCACCUACUGCAACUGGUGGCAACACAAAAUAGGUGAGAUGAGAAGCUGGGGAAGGGGAUAUCGAAAGGGGAAAAUCAUUGUAUUAUACUUGGUGGUUGCAUUCAUUGAGAAAGGCUUGCUUUUAGUUAAAAGCAAAUAAACAGACAAACAAACAUGAAAACAUAAAUUCCUUCUUUGCCAGAAAGAAAUCUCUCAAGAAUGAAUGCAACCAGUAGAGAGAUGCUGAAUACAGCUUAGCCCACUUUAUUCCCUUCAUGAAGGUAUAGUACAUCAUCAUAUGCUACUUUUGGUUUGAGUGAAGCUCAGUUUAGUAAUUUCAACAUGACCCAUGACACAAGUGUUGGGCUGAUUUAUUAGCUUUCCCAGCAGUUUGUUUGGUAAGUUAUGUUUGUGUUGUAACCACAGGAAUGGAGAGGUGUACUGAAACAAGCCAUUGUCCUAGCUAGUAAAAUUGAGAUAACUGGUCGCCCAUUCAUUAUUUUGUAGUUUUUAAUUGGUUUGUUUCCUUUUUAUAUAUCCAACCUUUCAAAAAGUAUGUUUGAUACAUCUUUUUAUACAGAUAAUUAAGCCUGGAAUGGAUGUUGUACUUUGAGUGGAGUUUUGUGUUGAUAAAUUAUAAAUAAAUAAAUGAGAUUGUGAUAAUGGGUAAAAUCCAUAAAGUAAAUAUAGCUUGUUCUAUUUUGCAGUGUAAAAAAAAAAAGUAUGAUGAAAUAUUAUUGAAAGAUGUGUGAUUUGACUGAAAUAUUAAAGUCACGAACUCUGACAAGUGAACAGUCAGUUUGUACUGUACACAAGUCAAGGAUUGGGCUUUCAGGAGAAGCUUCAUUGAGAUUUCGGUGCCAAAAGUGGCUGAACACCCCUUAAUUUCUCAGACAGUGAACUGUUGACAACGUCACAGGGACACCAUGAAGACUGAAAAUUUCCAGUCAGUUUGCAGCGGCUGUCUGGUACAGCCCCAGUAUUAUCUGCCACUAAAAUGAAACAUGUCUCACAACAUUUAGUACUUUUGAUUGUAAAAAUGAAAUGAUAUUAUCUAAGUGGAGGGUUUUUAUUUAUAUUCAGCACCAGUUGAAUAUGAACCAUGGCAGAAUGUGCAUGCAUGUAAAUUGUUAGCUACAUUCGCAUUAAAAAUAAACCAUUGUUGCCUUUUGAGAGGAAUAGGUAUGUUUCACACACAAUGAAAUGUGGCUAGUUGAAACACUACUGUGCACAAAGAGACAAUGAAAUACCAUUAGUGUUUUGUAUUGAGCAACAAAUGGCAGGAAUGACACUUGAGUACCAGAAUGUUGUGGGGGAAAAAAAGGCCACUGUACAAGCUAAUACAUCAUUUUAUUUAGCUAUGAAAUGACAUUUCUUCUUACAGGAUUUUCCCCCCAUUUCUGAUGCCUCUGGGUUCCUUUCUGCAGACAUCAGAGUGUAAAGGCCAGUAGCUGUGGUAGGGUCUUGCUUUCUGACCAGGUUGGAUGUUGUCAAAGCUUGCUGUAGUUACAACCUUGUGGCUAGUAUGAAUUCCAGUUUGAAGGUCUCACCCAGCUGCCUUAGCAUAAACACAGUAAUGUGAGGUAACAUAAGAUACUCUAUUCAUGAAUUUCUCAGUUGGUAAUAAUUGUCUCUGUUGUAAGGUCGGGUGUUUGUCAAAUCUGACAAGAGUGUCGGCAGGGCAAAAAACUGGAACAUUUUGAAAUACCUGAAUAGAUCAUCAGCUGUUGAGUUGCCUGAAGACACCACAGUCUGUCAUGACUUUUAGAUCCCCUUUGGACCACAUAUCAAAACACUAUCGAUGUCAUUCCUCUUGACUGCCAUUAGUCCAAUGUUCUCUUUUGGGAUGGACAUCACUGCAGGUCAGGGACCAUUCCUGACAGUCAGCAAUGAAUCUGUUCUAUCAGCCAUGAGCUGACUUUGUUUUCUUAAACUCAAAACAGAAAGUUCAAAAUGUAUUAAACUAUACAAUAUACUAUAAAUGUACAUGCGUUCCUAUUUUUUGUGAAGAGGAAAUGUUUCCCACUGACCUGAACAGAGUAAAUAAAGUUUCCAACUCUUUGAGUGAAUGAGAUUGAUUCUUGAUGGAAAGAAGGUAUCGAGUGGAACACCCACACAACACUGAUACUUGAAAUUAAUCCGUUCCGGCAGCAAGUGUUAGAUAACAGUAAGAGCGAUCAAAGCCUCAGCAGGAUUGGUGGUUUACAUAUCUUUGAUUCAAUGCCCACACCCCUCAACACAAGUUUUAAUACUUGAAGUGAUAUAUUUAAGUGCACAUUUUAUCAUCAUCUAUACUGUGAAACAAGUGAUUUUCUUCUUUUUCUUUUUUUUAUGAAUGCAAAUGUGGUCUUUGACAGCUUUUAUUGGAAGGUGGAGGAAACAUUUCAGAUCAUCUGAAUGCAAAUGAAAAGCAACAUUUCAUCCAUAUACAUGUAUUUACAGAUGCACUGGCAUUUAGAUGUGCGCUUUAGAGCUAAGGUUAAGAACUCAAUUAGUGGAAAGUAACGGACAGGGUGGUGAGCACACUGAUCAGUUAGAGCACUCCGUUUCAUAUACUCUACAUGCUUUAAGUCUGGGAAUGUUAUGAUCUAAA